CCAUGCUACUGGGAUAUCCCCGGUGCGUUACAUCGCUGGUGUUGCACGAAAGUGGACAAUGACAAGUAAAUGUCUACUGUUUGACUGUAUAAAAUGUAUGGCAGUAUAAGUACAUCUCAAUCAACAUGAGGCUUAGCUUCUUUUCUCGCAGGAUGGUGUAUCUUUUUAGGAAAACCACAGGUAGUAGAAUCACGACAAAUUGUUUUUCAAGUAAAGUUUUGCUUGGAGAGGACACCAUCUUCGCAUUAUCAUCAGGUCAUGGGAAAGCGGGUGUGGCUGUGAUUAGAGUAUCUGGCCCAUCAGCAGGUAAAGCACUCAUCAAACUGGGUGCGGGAAACAAGCUACCAUCUCCUCGACAAGCAAGUCUGCGGAAAAUACUUGACCCAGACACAUUAGAGCAGAUUGAUAAAGGCCUGAUCCUAUGGUUUCCAGGUCCGCAGAGUUUUACAGGGGAGGACUGUGCGGAGCUGCAUGUUCAUGGAGGGGUUGCCGUGGUUUCUGCUGUGCUUGGUGUGCUGGGGCAUCUGCCGGGAUUGCGACAUGCUGAAGCAGGAGAGUUCACAAAGAGGGCCUUUAUGAAUGGGAAACUUGACCUGACAGCUGUGGAGGGAUUGGCUGAUUUGAUUAGUGCCGAGACAGAGGCUCAACGCAAACAGGCGCUUCGACAGCUAGACGGGGAUCUCAGCAGAAUCUACACUGACUGGAGGGGCCGACUCAUCAAAUGUUUAGCAAAUGUUGAAGCAUACAUUGAUUUUCAUGAAGAAGAAAAUAUUGAAGAAGAUGUUUUAGAUCAUGUUGAUAGUGGUGUUCAGAGACUUCUGUCAGAAAUAUCAGCCCAUCUGAACGACAGCCGCCGUGGUGAAAGACUCAGAAAUGGUGUCCAUGUUGUUAUCAUCGGUCAACCAAACGUCGGCAAGAGUAGUCUGCUCAACUGUGUAUGUCAGCGCCCGGCCGCCAUCGUGUCAUCUACAGCAGGGACUACUCGUGACGUCGUGGAAACAGCCAUCAAUUUAGCAGGCUAUCCUGUGUUGCUUAGCGACACAGCCGGUUUGAGAGAGGCGGAGAGUGAUGUAGAGCUCGAGGGGAUUAGACGUGCAAUGUCAAGGGCACUGAACUCCGACAUCAAGGUUAUUAUGCUGGAUGCCCCAGCCAUCUUGAAGAAACAUCAAAACUCUAUGUCUGCUCUGCAGAAAGUUGUUACAAGUCAUUUAUUGGAACUGGGGUUCCAUGUAGAAAUGCAGGAUGAACACGGCAAGUGUAGUGUUGUCAUAGAUACAGACGAGGAUCCCAAUUACUAUACCCAAACACAAUCAGGUGAUGAUGUUUUCCUGAAGACAGAUGAGAUUAUUAUUGUGUUUAACAAAUGUGAUCUUUUGGAGAAUUCUGAAGUGUUUCGUGGAAGCACUUUAAGGUUCAGUGCUGUCUGGUUGUCAUGUGUCACUGGGAAAGGAAUCUCAGAGUUCGCCAACUUGUUGACACAGAAAGUCAAACAAAUGUGCUGGGAUCCACAAACUGGAAAUCCUAGUCUGACACAGGCCCGGCAUCGCACCCACCUCACCAACUGUGUCGGCCAUCUUGAAUCAUACAAGUCCAUGUCUGAGACUGACAUUGUGUUAGCUGCCCAGCAACUGAGGAAAGCCACACGGGAGAUAGGGAAAGUUAUUGGGAAAGUCUCAUCAGAGGAUAUUUUGAAUGUGAUAUUUAGUGACUUCUGUAUUGGAAAAUAACUGUUAAAAACAUGUUUUUACUCUCUCUUUUUUAAUGAACAACAUUCAUAAACCAAGUUCCGGUUAUAAAUUCUGGGGACUUUUCUGUGAUAAUUAGUGACUUCUGUAUCGAAAAAUAAAUGUUAAAAAUAUG